AUGACGGCUAUUCAUUGUGUAAACUGUCCACUAUUGGAUCUCAAGGUGGAGAAUCUUCUUCUUGAUAACAACAACAACAUUAAAAUAAUUGAUUUUGGUUUAAGUAAUCUAAUAUCGAAUCUAAAACCAGUAGUUCGAGAGAAUAGUGGACUUCGCGUAUAUACGGGAACUCAAUGCGGAAGCCCUGCAUACGCAGCGCCUGAGAUAAUUGCGAACAGGAAAUAUGGACCAAAAGUUGACGUUUGGAGCAUUGGAGUGAACAUGUUUGCUAUGUUGUCGGGCACUUUACCGUUUGUUAUUGAGCCGUUCAACCUCAAGCUCCUACUACAUAGGAUGCUCAAAGGUCAGAUGUCAGAGUUUCCUUCAAACAUUUCAAUAGAAUGUAAGAGUUUCAUAUUAAAACUACUGGAGCCGAAUCAAGUCAAACGCUUAUCUAUCCGUCAAGUUGUAGAGCACGAAUGGUUAAACGGAGACUACCUAGACCCAGUGACGAUUCCCGCGCCCGCUGGCCGGAUGAGUCGAAUGGACAUAGACCCAGACGUCAUCCAUUACGCCCACGAAAAAUUAGGCCUAGAUAUUGAUCACAUGACUACAUCAGUGAUUCGUAACAAAGCCAAUCAUAUAUCGGCAAUUUAUUAUCUUCUCCUAAAGAAAGUAGAAAAUAGAAACAUGUGUGUAAUAACAUCAAGGAUACCUUAUUCAACAAAAGAGUUACAAGAAAUGAGAGCAAGUGAGGAAACCACAGAUGAGUGUGACGUUACUACACAGAAACUUGCAGAAGAAGCUAAUAACUUACAGUCAAAUCAUUUGAAACGAAAUAGUCUGCACUUCAAGAUGGCUCUUCUUGCUGGAAUUCACCAUAACAAAGCGAAUCAACCCCAAAACGAAUUUAUAGAAAAAAGUGAUGCAAAGCCUGACACAACAACAGCAGCUGAGCAUACCAACUCCCAAAAUGGAGAUCUUACCAAAAUUGAAAUUGAACAGAACAAUAAAGAGAGACACGAAGAUGACGAUGGAAGAUGCUUGAUGAAUAAUAUACAUAGGGAGGAUAAUGAGCUGAGAAAGCAAUUUGACGAGGUCAUGACUCUCAAAGAGAACAUAUCACAGACUGAAAAUGAACGAGACAUCACUGGCUGCAAUGAAAACGCUGCUCUUGUUGACAAAGGAGUGACAAAAGUUGAAAAUCAAAUUAGGGAACAAAACAUAAGUAAUAACAUUGACAAGAGCCAAACGACGAUGGACUUUGCUGUAUUCGAACAAAAGAAAAAGAAACCGAACAAAAACAAACAUAUCACGAGACGUGAAACGGAAAAUAAAUUUAAGGCACAAAGAGAAAUUUAUCAAAGAAUGCUUAAUAGAAAAAACAUUCUAAAAGCCGGUCAUGCAAAUUUGACUUCAGAUGGAAGCCGUAACACCUACCCACAACUUCACCGACGAAAAAGUUUAGGUUAUAAUCGUAGUAAUUCCUUUGUUCUGUCCAAAACCUGCAUCUCAAAACGAAGGUAUAAGAGGUUGCCUGACUUAGGUCCAAGACGACAUACUGAAGCUCAACCUGGAGGCUUAGGUAAUGCAAGACAGACUGCAGACGACGACGUAUUUAUGAAAAUUUUGGCACACCAGUCUGUCAGUAAUCAUGCUCAGAAUUCCCCGGCUUUUUCUAUUGCCGCUUUAGAACAGUCGGAAGUUCAGAAAAAACGUAGCAUCCCGCCAUGCAACAGAAAUACAGCACCAUCCUCCACAACUUCAAGAUCAAACAACUCUAACAAUGUUGUUGGCAAGAUUCUAAUUGACAGGAACAAAAUGAAAUCACAAAUCAAAGUUGUCUUAACAGAUAAAACGAGGACGCCUCGAAGGAUAUCAAGCGUCGGAAAAUUGAGGAAAGAUUACAUAGACAAUACCAGCACAACUAUCACUCCACUCAACAAACCAAAAGAAGACAUUAAUUCAGGUAUUGGUCAGGAAGUCACCGUCAGGCCAGUGCCGGAUCUCCAACCACCAUUGAUUAACAUCAACAAAGAUAGAGCAGUGUUGCGAAAAUUGUCAGCAGUACUUUGAACUGUUACAUUUUGAGAAAAUUAGAGGAUGUCGUUAGUUUUAUGAAGCGAGUCAUCAACCUACCUCCAGCGAUGUAGUGGAAGGUUGUUCUAGCACCCAGGGUACCCUUUCUUCAAGUAAAAAAAAAUCGAUAUUUUUAAAGCUAUCUAAUACAUUGUCAGGGCUGUGCAGGAACCUCAUCUUAUUUUUACAAAUUAUUAUUUUUAAACAUUAUUUAUUCCUCUACUUUUAUCAAUAUAGUUUAGUAUUUCCUUUUGUCUGUUAUUGUUAAUUUCUAUACCAAAUCAAGUUCCUAAAACAUGUGACUAUACAAGGUAAGGUUGUUCCAAUCCAAAGAUUCCAGAGACAACGGCAGGGGCGGAUUUAGGGGGGCGGCUCGGCCCCACCUUUUGGGAGGUAAAAAAAAGAAAAAAGAAAGAAAAA